GAUAUACAGACAUAUACAGAGUGUAUGUGCUACCACUAGAGAGAGGAAAAGAGAAAUGUAGGCUUCUGAAAGAGCGACCGAGAGCCCAAUGAGAGUUUUAGCAAGCCAGCAAAGGAGAAAGAGAGAGAAAGCUAUACAGAGCAUCAGAGAGAAAGAAAAGGAUAGCAAAAGUGGUCAGCUGCUACACCAGUGAGAAGUCUGUCUGUGAUAGGUGAAAGAGUGAGUGUGUUGGGAGCAGCGGACUGCACGCUUGCUCCCUGAAGAAGGAAAUGUAUCGGGCUGACUGAGAGAAUGUGAGGUGUGCUGUGGCUGCGGGAACUGGGAGUACUGCGAUCAGUAUAGUCUGCUCCCUGUGCAUAUGUGAAUUUUCCUGGACUGUUGUUUUCUUAUUAACAAUUCACUCCUGUUAUUUUUGCUGAAGGAAAUUCAAAGCCAUUAUGCCAACUGACGAUUACACGGAUGCCCUCCCUCCUCUCCCAGAGAUUCCGGAUGCCGGCUCGGUCCUGAGCUCAGUGGGCGUUCCGGGCCGCUUUCGCCACUCCGACAUUCACCACACCCCUCUACGCUACUGCUCCGCCCACAGCAUGGACUCCUCCCCAGACAGUGCUGAGCGCCCAAUCAGCUACGGCUCCACCUCUUCCUCCGCCUCCUCCAGGGAUAGCCACUGCUCACUGGGCAGCCGCUCCACUUUAGUCCCCUCCCCUCACUGUCACCCCGCUCCUGACCGGGACUCCGGGGCGAUCCGGUUGGAGCUGGUUCCAGCCAGGCAGCUGGGAUGUGGGGAUGAGGAGGAGAGGAAUAUUGGAGGAACAGAUGCAGGAAAAGGGACUGUUAGACAGGUGUCUGCCCAGACCCCCCAGUCAGACACCAAGGCUGGGGAGAGGAGCUCCCCGGGGCCCAGGGUGCAGUAUGUGGACAGGGUGGUUCAGGAGAUAAUGGACACUGAGAGGACCUACGUACUGGACCUGCAGAGCAUCGUACAGGAUUACCUGGAGUGUAUCAGUAACCAGUCUGCCUGGCACUGAGCUCAGAGGAGAGAGGCUCUCUAUUCGGGAAACAUCCGAGACAUCUACCACUUCAACAGAGAUCUGCUUCAUGACCUGGAAAAGUGUAAAUCGGACCCUGUGGCCAUUGCAGAGUGUUUCGUAGCCAAGAGUGAAGAGUUCCACAUUUACACUCAGUACUGCACCAACUAUCCAAGGUCAGUGGCUGUGUUGACUGAGUGUAUGAGGAAUAAGGCAAUGGCCAAGUUUUUCCGGGAACGUCAGGAAUCUCUGAAGCACUCCCUGCCUCUGGGCUCCUACCUGCUCAAGCCAGUGCCGAGGAUCCUCAAGUACCACCUACUGCUGCACGAGAUAGCCAACCACCUGGAGAAGGACACAGAGACAUAUGAGGUGGUGCAGGAGGCCAUAGACACCAUGCAGAGAGUGGCCUGGCACAUCAACGACAUGAAGAGGAAACACGAACACGCCGUCAGGCUGCAGGAGAUCCAGAGUCUGCUGACCAACUGGAAGGGGCCUGAUCUGAUUGGCUACGGUGAGCUGGUUCUGGAGGGAACAUUCCGUCUGCAGCGGGCCAAGAACGAGCGCACACUCUUUCUGUUCGACAAACUGCUGCUGGUCACCAAGAAACGCGAGGAGGCGUUCACCUACAAAGCCCACAUCCUAUGUUGUAACCUGAUGUUGGUGGAAAUCAUUCCGAAGGAGCCACUCAGCUUCAGUGUGUUCCACUACAAGAACCCCAAACUACAGCACACCGUACUGGCCAAGUCUCAGCAGGACAAACGCAUGUGGAUCCUACACCUGAAGAGACUCAUACUUGAAAACCACCCGGCUAAAAUCCCAGCCAAGGCCAAGCAGGCCAUUUUGGAGAUGGAUGUUAUGCACCACCCAGGGUUCCACUACAGUCCUGACGGGGACAAGAGGAGCCCCCACACCAAGGAGGGCUCCACCACUCGACGGGUCCGCAGGAAGUCAGAGCCUCUGUCCAAGUUACUGAAGAACGCUAAACAUGGUGUCAAGGAAGAUGGCUCAAAGCGGACGAGUCUGGGUGCCACCCUGCUCUCCCCCGUGUCCCAGCUGGCUCUGGGCACUAUUGGUCGUAGCCGCAGCCUGGUCAACCAAUCACAGGAGUCCCUGGACCCUGGCGACCAUUUUGACCAUAGCGACAGGGAGGACGGGGAGGAGCCACACCAGCAGGAUGCCGACGAUGAGGACGACAGUGGCCUGGGUGGGGGAAAGAGGCUGCGAGUCCCAGAGAAGUCUAGCAGGAAGAAGUUGAACCAACAGGCGUCUAUGGACAGCAGCAUCGACCAAUGGAAGACCUUCAACAUGAGCGCCUCAGACCUACAGAGGGCUAACAAAUCUCUUCAGGGAGGUCACCACCCUCCUCUCCUCAGGACGCCCCGUGUGAUAGAGGAACCUCCGGACACCCAUGUCCCCUCCAUGCUGGUCCCAGGGGGUGACCCCCAGACGGUGGGGAACAUCUGGGCGGACCACCGUGUCCGCAGAGCCAUGUUCCCUACGCGUCAGCGCACCAUGAACCCCGACGAGGAGGAAGAGGACAUCUACCAGAUGUUUGUCCCCACCGAACCUGGCGGGCAAGAACUAGAACCACUUCCUGUUAGGUUAGAGGUCACGUCGUCUCCCAGCAAGACCCAGGGACGACCCUGCAGCUGGCACAUGGAGCAGGUUCCCACGGUGCAGAUAGACCCUCCAUCCACCGGGGACAGCAGAGUGCUGCGGAGAGCCAGCAGCGUGGGGGAGAAACAGACUGGCGGCCGACAGAGCCCCCCUGGUCAGGAUGAUGACCAGGAAGGGAUGACCCAUGCCGAAUCAUCCAGCAACGACAUCUCGGGAUCGUCGUCGGCCGAGCAGCUGACAAUAGACGACAUAGAGAACAUUUACGACAACAUCAGCUAUGAGGACCUGAAGAGCAUGGGGCUGAUCAGGAGGGAGCAGGAGGGUCGUGGGGCCCAAAGAGAGGCCCCUAGAGACACACAGUGCCCUGGGGCUCUAAACUCAGGGGUCACUGGGAGUAUUACAGAGCCUCUCAUGGAGCCAGACUGCUUGUCUGACAGUAACCACUCCUCCACUGUCCAGGAGGGGGUGCCAUUUGGGACGUGUGCCCUGAAGAUCGUGGAGGAGGAGAACAUCUAUGAUACUAUCUGCUUUAGGCCGCCCCCAGCCAAGGUUGACAGGGAUGGGGACAGACCUGUACAGGAGAGGGACAGUCUGUUGCCGUCUGCCUCUGAGCCUGACCUGAUGGGCUGUGAGAGCCUGGGGGGCUUCGUGUCUGAGGAGAGCCUACAUUUUGGGGAGGACGAGAGGACGGAGGAUAACUCCCAUCCAGUCCACGGCACCUCCGAACCGGACUACUACUCCUCAUCCGCCUCGGAAACGUUCUCCCAACGUUCCCACACCGGUGACCAGAUGUCGGAGCAGGUGGACGAGAUCUGGAACGAUUUGGAAAACUACAUCAAGAAGAACGAGAAGAAAGCGGACCGCCUUCCCGCCGCAUUUCCCGUGAGUGCCAGUGAGGCCCCCAAGACCUCGUCGGUCAAGAGCAGCCCCAAAAAGAACAGCUCCCAAAAACACAGCUCCCCUACCAAGAGCCCCCCAGCCCGCAAUCCCAACCCCCCCACUGUGUCCCCCACUCACCAAUUCACCAUCCCCAUCCCCAUCCUCAACUUCCCAGAGCUGCUCAGAGAGGCUACCUUUGAAGAUGAAGAUCAUUACCCCUCCCCCUCUCCCCUCACUCCCCCGUCCCUCCCCCUCCCUGCCUUCCCAGACCCUGCCUCUUCCGGGACAGUCAAGACCAUCCGUAACAGACUGGCCCGCCUCAGCAGUGGCAGCUUCCGUCUGGAGGAUGAUGAUGAGCUGGGGGAUCUGCCCCAACGGGACCCCAGCCAAAGGGACCCCUCCAUCAGGGACCUCCACAGCCUGUUCCCUGGAGAGCUGGCUGGGCUGGGGGGUCUGGACUCCCCCCUGGCCUCCUCUUCUCUCCUUCCGGGGGACUCAGUGGACAGCUUCUCCCAGGAGCUCAUGGACAAGACCAAGAACCGUGUGUUCUUGAUGGCACGCCAAUACAGCCAGAAGAUCAAGAAGGCCAACCAGCUGCUCCGCAUGAAGAGCAUGGACCCCGGCGACAUGGGGUCAGGAGGACGCAACAGGGAGGAGAAGAAGCAGCAGAAAGACCUGGAGAAGAAGCAGAAAGACCUGGCAGCCAUUUUGGAGGAUAAGAAGCAAGGCGGCGCUGCCAUAGGUGCGAGGAUAGCCGAGUACUCCCAGCUGUAUGACCAGGUGAUGUUUAAAGACUCUCCAGGUCAGGGCUCCAGCAGCCCGGGCCCUCCUGGCUCGCACCAUGCCCACCCAGGGCUGGCCUCCUCCCCAUCCCUGCCUGAGACCUGCUCCUCCCUGGGCCUAGGGCUGGAGGAUGACUGGCUCCUCUCCACCUACAGCAACGGGGAGCUGGCCAGCUUUGUGUCAGAGAUACGGUCCUCCACCCCCCAGUGCAGGCUCACAGCAGCCUGCUCCGUACCCACCCUAAAGAUCCUACCUCCCUCCCCAGAGACCUCACCCACCCAGCGGUGGAGCUCUUGUGUCUCCGCCCCCAGUGAGAAGGAGGAGCAUGUGUACAGUUCUAUUAAACGACACACCUCCUUUAACUCCGCCUCCUCUUCCUCGUCCUCCUCUAAACCACCUACCAGCCGCUGCCAGUCUAUCUGCUCACUGGGCGACCGGCAGCAGGAGAAGGAGAAUGACCUUACCGGGUCCAACCGUCGCCCGGCUGUGGUCCAGAGUUCCUCAGAGAGACUCCAUGGUCCCAGUAGUCUGGGCCGGGCCGGUCGGCAGAGCAGCCUCCCGGAGCGGUCCAGUUGCGGUCACGGUCACUCUGACCUCACCCUGCAAGACGGUCAGCAGGUGGUGGUCCUGAACCGUGCCUCCGCGCUGAGCAUGCUCACAGCCACCCAGAACUACCUAGCCAACUUCAAGGACAAUGGAGACGACGAUGACGACGAUUAUGUGGAGAUCCGCUCUGAGGAUGAGAGCGAGCGGGAUCAGGACUGCUCCGGGCAGCGUAACAACGGUGGUGGUGGUGGCUCCAGAGGGCCAGCCCAGACCCAGAGUCUGCCCUGCACCCCGUCGAGGUCCUCCUGUGGGCUGACGGACCGGGAGCGUCUACAGGAGUACCUCUGGGCGGAGCAGCCGGCACAGCAGAACCAGCCCAACAUCGUCCAGUCACUCAGAGAGAAGUUCCAAUGCCUCAGCUCCAGUAGCUUCGCCUGAGUUGCCAUGACCACCCACAACACACCACCAUAUGAACAUACUAGUAGAUGUAGUUUAAGCAGGUCUGUAGCUUUGCCUGCCUCAUCAUGACAACAAAUAACACUAAACGGCUGGAGAUUUGUUGACAAGGAAUGACACACUACAUGGUAAAUUCAACACACUACUGUACGCACAACACUACACACGACACAGGUCUUUAGCUUUGCCAGAGUCUUCAGGACAAAAAAGUUCCAAUAUGCAUUUUUGCCUGAUUCACCGGUACAACGUCACACGCAACUUGCAAUACUGCAGCUUUGCCAAAGUCACAUGGUCAAAUUUCAACAUAUCACAAAACAACAUGCCAAAUACUGCACUUGAGUAGUCAUGGCAACAUACAUGUACAGGAACAUAUUAGUACUACAGAGGCACUACACCGCCACAGCACUUCUUUACAGUCUUCCAUGUCAAGCAGAUUGACUUCCGUAUCUAUUUUAGAUAAGUUGAAAAAUAACUAUGAAACGGUCAAAGUUAUCAUUUUAGCAAACUGGAUGAUAUUGCUGAGUACAACAGUGUGGCAAGGGGCUCAGAGUGUAUGGGCUUUACAAUCUAAAGGGAAGCAUACAGACCAUCUUUUAGAGAUGUUGGAAAUGAGUAUUCCAUAUACUGUACAGAUAUUUCUGCUAAUUUCUGUUAUAAAUGGUAAGAAAUAGAUAACUAUCCAUUAAUUCUAACCGUUCCCCCUUCAACAAAAAUACUGACAUCCCAAAAAUGUAAUUUGGUACACUGCUGCAGUCUGCCAGCAUCUCUUGAUGAGGAAAUGGCACUGGCUGAAUUUGAGUUAUGUUGCUGUAAUUUGCUCUUUUGAACACCAUGUCAUUUUAGUUAACAACCACCUAAUCAAGGUUUUCAACUUUUGUUUGAGUUACUUUUUAAUGGUUGUUUUAGCGUAUUUAACUUUCUAUAGCUGAGCUUACCCCUUAUCAGAGGGAUGAUCCUAUGUGACUAGGUGUCAGUGGUACUGUUUUAACUGUGCAUAAUACAGUGUCAACCAAUUUAACACAAUCUGUGCAAGCAGCUUAAUGAAUUUGCAAUUAGCUCAGGAUUAUAGGCUAGGUAUGGACAGUUUAUCAGCAAUAAUAUAAAGAGGAUCCACGUGCCUUUUUAAACAUGGAGCCUCCACACAUAGUACCUUGCUGUUCAUUAGGUUGAGUAUAUUUUACAUUGGGCUGUGGUGAUGUAAAGCAGUAGAUAGCCUAUACCAGUCUUAAUAUAAUGAUUGGGUUUUCUCAACCUGCUCAAACGCCUUGGUCAUGACAAGGGGAUCAUGCUUUAAACAGAAAAAUCUUAAAAUCAAGAGAAAAGUGUGCUGAUAUUCAAUAAGCAGCCGCGAUAGGAGUUAUCUAUUUAUUUUGAAUCUGUGUGUCUGAAAAUGGUAAUAAGUAUAUUUUAGUCUUCUGCAUACACUACGUAGGUUGAGUGGCAUAGUGCAUCUUAAUAGGAAGAACCUAAAAUGUUAUUUUAUCUUAUUCAUUUUAAAAUGUUGUUUCUAAGAGGGACCAUGGAGGAGAGCGUUGAAUGAGUGCAGUACUGUGUUUUGAUGUACAUUUCUCUUCAACCUCACAGAAUUUCGGGUCAGAUUUUUUUGUUUACUUCAUGGGACACCCCUCACCUUCACACUACUGAUCAGCACCCCACCCCUUCCACUCCCUUUCUAAACACGUUAUGCCUGAAUAUCAUCCAAUCAUCCUGAUUCAUUAAAAUAUUCACAAUAAUGUAAUGUUAGGAUAGAUUGUCACAUACAUUGAGUUUACUUUUUGUUUUAACUCGGACGUCACUUUACAGUUUCAGUAGUGAGGAUCCACACUUAUUGAGAAUUUGUUUCAUGUUUGAUCUCAUCAAUGUCUCCAACUUAUGUCUUAUUUAUUUACAACAACAAAAAACUAUUCUUGACCCCCACACAUUGCUAUUAUGAAACACCACAGCCAGUUUGUAAAUUAGAAUAAUAACGUUUAUUUAUUAAAAGGUUGGCUUCUUGAUGAAUUUCGGGACACUUUGGAUAAAAUUUGGUUCAUUUGUUUACUGUGAAUGUUACAAAAAAAUGUAGUUUUGUUUUACGCACUGAUUAUAUUUUCCUUAUCAAAAUAAUAAAUGAAAAGUUGGAAUGCACAAUAUCAUGGCCUACUGUUCAUAUCAAUGUAAAUGUAUCCAAAACAACUUAAAAAUAUGAAGUAUGUUUAUUUUAUUCAUUGUAUAUUUUGUUUCUCAUGUUUCACUGGUGGGGAUUGUCAACCUUCAUUGAAAUUGAAUUGACUCUUGCACUUUUUAUUAUUUUUUAUUAUUUUUUUUAAACAUUUGAUUUGAAAACACUUUGUAAAGAUGUACAUUUUAGGAGAGUUAUUCUUGUAUGCCAUAGGUUUGCUAUAUGAUGAUUUAAUGUUUAAGUUAAGUGUACUGUAAUUUUUUUUAACUGCUAGUUGGCAUUGCUCGAUAAAACAAAUGUAUUUGAGGUCAUAAAUAAAAGACAAUGUGGGUUUCCGUGA